AUGGACGAACACCGCCUUGAAACCUUCUACGUAUUUGAACACUUCAAAGCAGCCGAGUUUAGUCUCUCGAAAGUGGCCGUCCUGGCCUUCAAGGCCCUUUCCAAGCACCCUCUAACCUAUAAUUCCCACUCCACCAGGGUUUGUCCGUAUGAAGAGUCUGUUUUAGCCAUCACCAAGUUUGAAGUCAAGUUUGAGGACGAUCCAGAGUCACUUGAAGUGCUUUCAGACAAAGUGCUGGUGAAUCUGAUAAACCUGACGGAACUGGUGGACCUGGCAGAACUGGUGGAGCUCGUGGACCACCCAGAGAAGCUUGAAUGUGGGAUAUUUCUUCCUAAACAGUUGACGUGCUACAGUGGAACCACCAAACCGCUGGAUUUGCCUUUGGGCUGUAUUUCUGCUUCUGUGGAUGGCAAACAGUACGAAUUUGAACAUGCCAGCUCCAGUUUGAGUGAAACUUUGUACACUGCCAAAGACAUGGAACGUAAAGGUGAAUGCAGAGGGUUUGGGAAAGAUACCGCUGGAUAUGUCCGGUUGAAAGCAACCUUUGAAGGCCCCAAUUGGAUAAAACACAGCUCUGGCUGCCACAUUGUCUACCCAGGCUUGGAAGUGUCUGAAUGUGUGAGGAUCCAGCUUUUCAGUAAGGUUUUAUCUGACCGUCCGUCGUUGGCCAUAACUUGUGUCAGUACAGAACUCUUGGAGCUAAGCAGUACGCCAGUGCCGCUGUCUGAGGCCAAAAAGACGUUGAAUGUUGUGAAACUUCUGCGCCAGACAUGUUUUGUGGAGUGUGGAAACCUGGCGUACUUUAACGUUCCCGUGAAACUCUUGAAAGGAUGUAUUCCCCAAGUGGGGCCUUCAUUCUACUCUUCGUCUAAAACUCAAACGUAUGCAAUUAAAGUUUCUGUGGAGUUGAAGGAUUUACAUGACGGGCUGGAGCUUUUUUUGGAACGCUUGGUUGACGUGGACGUUGCACAGGCUGACUACCAUGCUCUCAAGCGUCUCUUUGUUGCCAAAAACCCUGCUUCUUAUAUCAAAAAGGUUCCCAGACAGAGAAGAAUGUUUAUGGAGGUUUUUGACCGGUCUCUGUUUGACCUUAAGAUUGGAAGCAUGGCGUUUCAUAUCCUGGAUCGCUGCAAAGGCGUUAUUGAGAUGCAACAGACCAGUUUGGUCCAUGGCAAAGACCAUGUGGUAGCUGUAACUUUCAUAACAUGCAUUAAUGGGAAUAUAGAUGAGGUGUUCCCCAGCAAAGCGUUUUAUGCGCUUCACAAGGAUAAGAUUUACCGAGACUCAAGAUGCUACAUGAAGCAGCAGCAGUUGAAGGUUUCCAAAGAGGGAAUCUCUUAUAAAUGGAUCUCUCCAGUGAUAUCGUACAAUGAAGGCACCAUUUCUGCCGACAUUCCAAGGUCCCUUUGGAGCUUGUUGAGGUGUGAAGAGCCACCGAUUAUAACAAAGGACUUGAUUAAUUACUGGGGGAAUUAUUCUUCAAUGAGAGUAGAAUUUCUAUACUUGAGCCUGCUUAAGCUACCACUGGGGGAAGAAGGGCUACUUGUAACAGAAGAAAUGAGUUUAGAUGAUUUGAUUAAGCUCAGAAUGGUCUGGCCAUACAAAGUCAAAGAAUCCGAAGCAGCUCGUUCAAUAAGCUUCAAAGUUGACUCUGAAGAUCAAACAUGGUACGCUUAUGACUCCUACAGGAACUCCACGAGCAUUUUAAAAGAAUCAGACUGUGGAAACUUUUGGUACAGAGACGUAAUCUUUGAGGAGGAGCUUCCGAAAGUUGUGCUGAACAUGAAAGCAUGUUUCAGUUCAAACUUUGUGGGAAAAUCGUCUUCCUUAGAUUUAAACUUGGAGAGAGAUAAAUAUUCAAGUGAUAUUCUGCUUCAAUUAGUACUUGCUGGAAAAGGAAUCGACCUUACAGGUGAGAAUGUUGUUCCUCCAGAAGAUGCAGAUGUUUCAGAGAAGGAAUGUGAUUAUAGAAAGCUUGUGGGGACUGAAACCAUUAAUGGCUUUCAAGAUGAAGAUUCAGGUGUAAUAAAACAGAAAUUGGACGAGUUUUCAAUUGAGAAGCAUUGCGUUGGUUGA